AUGGCGCCCUCGGCAACGUCCAUCGACUCGCCUACCUCUUCGGCACUCCAAGAAUCAAUCGACGUCUCCAAAAUCAAAAUCACUGACUCACCCCACCCCGCCUACCUCCACCACCUCGCGACCACUAUUCUGCACAAUCUCCAAUACCAGCACUCCUGGUCCUCGCUUGAGAUACAUACACACUCCCCAAAUACUUCGCAGCCGUUACCUCGCCCGUUGAUAUCUGGAUUGCCUCCCGCCAGAGUCUAUAUCCAUCCAGAUGAACAAGCAGCCAUCAUAAAAGCCGAGCAUGACACCGGCGAGAAGAUUGAGCAGAGGCCGGAACGAGAAUGGGUACUACCUACUCAUAUCAAAGAAAAAUGGACACUGAAGAGAUUUGCGGGCGUCUUUGAUGGAUUGAGUGUCGUGCCUCCGGGAGACCAAGGCAACGCAGAUGAGGACGAGGACGAGGAGCAAGCCGAGGGGGAGAAGUCGGUUGGGGAUCCAUGGCAAGGGAAUAAUAGGCUCAAGAGAUUGUUACUUUCUACUCUGGAUGAUGAUUCGACUGUCACUUACUACGUUAUGUUUGAUGGGUUAGUAAAGCCGAGACAGAAUUAA